ACCAAUUCUCACCUUUGUUGCCUUCACUGUUCUACAUCUUAUCAUCUCGCAAGUUUCUUCAGUUCAUUAUGAAAUACGGCUAUAACCCUGAGACCUAUGCUGGUCUGCCCACAGUUUCUCAGAACGCCGCAGCCUUCACUCAGAAAGACGCAGAGAAGGCUCUAAAUGACUGUGGGAAAGUAUUUUUUAACCAUUUUUUGCAAAAAACUUAUGGCCUAGUUCUUUUAUAUAGCCAUUUCCAGUUGACACCCGAAGAGUUUAUGGUCGAGUACCGUGGCAUUGCUACGGCUUGGCCCAUCAAUACAAAACUGCCUGUCGGAGCAGGUAUUCAUCCUACGACUUGGGCAAUCACUGAUGGCGCCUUGGAGCCUUACGAAUUCGAAUUUAUUCUAGGGUCUGAGAAGUUUGGGGAUGAUUUGGAUGAUAUUAACUUGAGCUUUGUCUAAGAACUAUAUGGUCUACUUCAAGAGAAACGCUUACGAGAUUACAAUUAGAAGAGCAAGUGUCACUUUUCUAGGCGAUAAUAUAAACAAAGGCGUGGGAGCUAUGUGGCGAUUCGAAGAAAAUAGGACAGGCAUAUGUGCUCGAGUCUGCUCUCAGUGCAAAGACUUAGGAGAUUGCUAAAUCCAUAGUCUUUAAUAGUAGUUGUUAAUGUUUCUUCUAGUUCUAGUAAAGUGUCACGAUCACGGGACCAGUGGACCAUAG